AUGAUCUUCGCAACGCGACUCCGCGUCGCGGGACGUGACCGGAUGGAUGGAUCCGAGCGCCCUGCGAGAACUGGGCCUGCAAACCUCCCUGGGUUCGACGUCCCUCUGGAAUUUGAGUCUGAGAUACGCGCUUCGAAUCACCUCCCGGAACUGCGCAUUUGCACCUGGAAUGUGCUGGCCCCGAGCUAUGCCUUACAGAAGUCCUUUCCAGAUGUGAAGCCCGAGUACUUGAAGAUCUCACACCGACGAAAGCUGUUGUAUGAGGUGAUUUCACUCCUCAACGCAGAUGCCAUUUGCCUUCAGGAGAUCGAGGGCUUGGAGGAGUGGCAAGCUCACUUGGUAGGCCUCGGAUAUGCCACGGCCUUCGCCCAGCGGCCCGGCCGUGCCGAUGGUUGCUUGAUCGGGUGGCUCCGUUCACGGCUCAGGUGUGUUGACACGCUGUCUUUGAGUUUUGAUGAUUGCUUGGCGAUGCAGCAGUUGCCACUUAGUGUGCAUUCGCGGUUUGCCCGGAAGAAUGUCGCACUGGCACUUGUGAGCUGA